AUGAGUAUCCGCCUUGAUCAAAUCACCGAAGACGAUGUCGGCAAUUCUCGCCAGAAGAAAAAGUCGAAGGUCACCAAGAAAGAGGAAUCUGUCGAUCUCGAUGCCCUGCUCAUGGCUGGAGAAAAUCUCAACAAAGAAAACACUCCUCCAUCUUUUCCAAAACGCUCCGUGGGCUCAGACUGGAGCGAUUCGGAGGACGAAGCUCCUCCUCCACCAAAGCGCUCCACUCGAGCCACCAAGGCUAAAGCUCAAGAUCCAGUCAAAACCAAGGCUCGUGGAAAGACUGCUUCCAAAGCAGAACCCAAGCCUAAGAAGAAAAAGACAGUCAAGGAGCAAGUUUCCGAGGAAGAUGAAGAACCACGGUCGCCGAUGAAGAAGAGAACUAGAGCCGGUCGCGCGAAGGCUGCAGAAGCUCCAAAGAAAGAAUCAAAGUCGAAGAAAGCCAAAGCCACAAAAGAGGUCAAAUCGAAAUACUUCAAGGCCGAAGCUGACGACAAUCAGAAUGACACUCCUCAGCCAGAAGAAAGCGAUGAAGAAGCUCCUGCUCCUAAAAAAGCAGCGAAGGGGCGAAAGAAACCCGCGCCGAAGAGAAAGAAGGUGAAGGAAGAAAAUGAGUCGGACUGGUCGGAAUCCGACAAGGAAGAAGAAAAGCCCAAACCAAAGGCUAAAGCAAAGAAAAGAGGUGCUAAGAAAGAAGCAGAGGAGAAAGAAGACGAAGCUCCCAAAGGCCCACACGUCGAAGGCACCUAUCUCGACGACGGAACUCUUCAAAUUGAAAUAACAGAGGCGAAGAAAAACCGCUUCAUUGAAGAAUACAAAGAAACUCCGGAAGAGCGACAGCAGCGCGAGUGGGCAGCCUACAUGAGGUCGAUUAUUAAUCGUGAGAAGCGAGAGCACUCUCAAGAACGACACCGAAUCGAUCUUUUGGUCCACUUGUGGCUCGGUCUCAGCUGGGACAAACACAUUGAUUGCAAAUUUCUUCAGGCGAACAUCCUAUCCAUGCUGCCCAUUGACGCCAACGUCGAUUCUGAAGCUGACCUCCGCCGACUCACAGUCGCGAUGAACAGCUCCUUCCAUUUUCCCGCCGCUCCAGCCGAUUCCGGCAUCCCUAGCCCCCACGGCGGACUUCUCCUUCUCGACCGAGCUCUUCAGCGAUACAAUUGCGAAGACCCUUGGUGGAAGAACAAAUCGAUCACCUAUCAGUACUUCCUCCGAACUUGCCUCUUCGUCGCUGCGAAUGAAGAAAUCCGCCGAAUGGUUUCCAAACACGAGUCCUCCGUCAUUCUCAACAGCUGGUGCGAAGUUUUCAUCGGAGAAACCUGGCUUCCGGUCAUUAUCAAGGAGAACAGAUUCGCAGUUGUGGAGACGAAAAACGUGGAAGGGUUCCUCUACUGGCCAGUGAAGUAUUGCAUGGGCUUCGACGGAGGUGUUCGGGAUGUUACUGCGCGAUACGCAUCAAAGUGGCUGGAAGACACCAAGAAGCUUCGCAUCAAAUAUGUGGAGAAAAACACCAACUACUGGAAGGAAACAUGUGACAUGUUCCCCUCGCGAAAUAAGCACUUGGAAACUGCAGAGACAAAAGAGAUGAACAAGAAUCUCAAGUCUGCGCCAAUCCCGAAGACGAUUUCUGCCCUCAAAGGUCAUCCUCUCUACGUCUUACGUCGUCAUGUCCUCAAAUACGAAUGCAUCUAUCCCGAAGACACAACACCUGUCGGACAGAUCGAAUUGAAAUCAAAGGGAGAAAUCACAUACGAAGACAUCUUCCCUCGAAAAGCCGUCAAAAAGCUUCACACCAGAGGAACAUGGCUCCAAAAUGCUCGAGUCGUACGCGAUGGAGAAGUUCCAAUGAAAAUGGUUGCCAGCUGGAUGCAAAAUAAAAAGGCUGGCAACGACGCUGGUGCUAAGAACUCACCUCUUUUCGGCGAGUGGCAAACUGAUUGGUACAAAGCUCCAAUUGCGAAAGAUGGUCUUGUACCAAGAAACGAUUUCGGAAAUGUUGAUUUGUAUCAGAUGUGCAUGCUUCCAAUUGGUACAGUUUUUCUCGAGGAUUUGGACGACUUCGGGGUGUGCUCUCGAGUCUGCAGAAAGCUUGGAAUCGACGCAGCAAAGGCCGUUGUCGGAUUCGAUGGGAAGAAGGGAUACCCUAAGAUCGGCGGCUACGUCAUUUGCAAGGAGUACGAGCAGACAGUGCGAGAUGCAUAUGUUGAAGCUGCCGGUAUUUCGGAAGAACGCGCUCGACAGAAAUCUCGCAGUCGGGCGAAGAAGAACUGGCGAAAGCUACUCGCUCUUUAUUUCGCGAAAAAAAAGGUUGAACGACUCUUCGCUGGACGAGAAGUUGAUCCUCAACUUGAACGAGUUAUUAUGAAGGGCCAGCGUCGAAAGAUGGAUCUCGAGGACGAAUCAUCCGAUGAAGAGAUUGAAAAACUGGAGAAAAAGGCCUCCGCAACGACUAAAAAACGCGCUCCAACGAAAUCAAGCGGGCGCGGACGAAACAAGGUCAAGAUCGUCGAUGACGAUACAAUUGAAUCGAUCGAGUCUGAAAACGAAGAGCCCGAAGCCUCGUCUGACAGCUCCGAUGAAUCAGAUGACGACUCUCCGCCAGCAAAGUUGACGAAGAAGUUGAAGCAGCAAGUCGCAAAGACAGUUAUUCCACGAGAGAGAAGCUCUCGCCGCGCUAAAGCUGCCCCAGCCAAACCGGUCAAGUACGAAUUCAGCGGUAGCGAAUCUUCUGAGUUCUCGGCUGAGUCGAAUGAUGAAGACUGGGAUUAA